CCCAACGCUCAGACUCUAGUCUCUCUCCGCCCAGUCCCUCGAUCCCAGUCGCGCGGGUUUCCGUCGUCCUGUCCGCUCCCUUUUAGUAGCCAGACGUCGCCAUCCAGAACAUCUUGUCUCUCCUUCUUGCUUCACCACUCCCAGGAGACCACUUCGUUCGACCCCCUUCACCCCCUUCUCUUCUCCCGCCCAGGCCUCGGUCGCCAUCGUGUCUGUUCGACACCGUCCAUUCCUUUUAAAACCAAUCACAUCGCCCCCGGGUCCCGACCUCGAAUCCCCUCUUUUCCUGCACCCUCAACCUUCCAGGAUAGAAGGAUAGGCUACCGACAUUCCUUACGGAUCCCGAUACCUCUUCACGUUCUCUACCCAAAAUCCACAAGCAUCAGGCUUCUUGUCACUCCUUCGCAACUUUUCUCACGAGAAUUCUUUUUUUCCGGCUCACCACCCGAAAAAAGAUUUUACGACUCCCGACCGGUCACUCCUUCCCAACUUCAACAACAACACAACCGUUGUUCAACCACACUCUUUCUACAACACCACCAGGUCCUUGACGGAACCGUAUCAGCAGUGCUCGAUCACCACACAGCUGGCUCUGAGAAUUACCUCACGGGAAUUUAUUUGCCUCCGACAAACCAACUCACAAAUUCUUCCCAACACAACUACCACCCUCGGACUAGAUCCCCGGUAGCCAGAUUCCGCGAAUCUCUCCAAGACAUCAAAAACUCAAAAAAGGUAAGUGGCACUGAUCCAGACUUCCUUCCUCCCCACAUUCCCCACCAUAUCUUCAUUCCUAUCGCGUCAAUGGCAUUGUUUGGAACGCCGUUUUCAAGACAGUCAAAUGCCACCACGAUACAGCCCGCCGCUGCCAACAAUGGACAAAGACCUCUUUGUUCAUUGUCUCGCCCGACACGUGUGCCCACUUGACUCACGCUUGGUUGAACAACGAGUUCGCCUGGGCCCGGGUCGAUGGCAUCGAGUCGUGUCAGCUGGCGUGCCAGCGUGCGACUAAGGCUGAGUCUCUCGUCACCUCACGAAGGACAUAUAUCAGGCUGGUGUUUCCUGAUGUUGCUCGAGAUGCUUGUCUUACCCUUCUUCAUCACACUCUUUUUUCCUCAGCAAGCCAGCGCUUAUUCGCACUUUCCUUCAUUUAUUUCACUUCACUCACUUUCCUUCGCUUCAUCUUCAUUCACUCAGAUAACACCACUUCGCCGGGCGAAGCUAACCAUCAUUCAGACUCAUUCUCGUUGAUUUCACAAUCCAACCUUCAAAAUGAAGUCUUCCAUCGUUCUUGCCGCCACUGGCGCCGUCCUGGCCAUGGGUGCUGCCAUCGACCCCCGUGCCAUGGAGACCGUCUUGGACAUCACCUACGUGACUGUCACCGUCACCGAGGGCGUCCCCAUCGAGACUCCCGCUGCCACUCCUUCCAGCAGCCUUCCUCCUAAGGUUGAGGAGACCCCUGCGCCCGCGCCGGUCUUCUCUACCAUCACCACCAAGCGCCGCUCUCGCACUCCCAAGGCUUCCACCACCCCGACUCCCACCCCGACUCCGACUCCCACUCCUACUCCCACUCCCACCCCUGAGCCGGUUGUUGAGCAGCCCGUCGCUUCGGAGCCCGCUGCCUCCUCUUCCGCUGCUCCCGUCGCUUCCGUCGUCGAGACUACCCAGUCUACCCCCAGCACCGCUGCCACCGUUAGCGACCUUCAGACUGCCGCCAUUGAUGCUCACAACAUCCACCGCACCAACCACUCUGCUCCCGCUCUGACCUGGGAUGCCGACCUUGCUAGCUACGCUCUCAUCACUGCCAAGACCUGCGUCUUCGAGCACGACAUGACUACUGGUGGUGGCGGUUACGGCCAGAACCUCGCCAUGUGGGGUGCCACUGGCUCCGAGAACUUGGGUGAGGCCAAGGCCGCUCAGCGUGCCAUCACUGAGCAGUGGUACAACGGCGAGCUCAACCUCUACACCGGCUACGGCCAGGCCAGCCCUGACAUGACCAACUUCCUCCAGUGGGGUCACUUCUCCUAGUUGGUCUGGGUUGACACCACCAAGGUUGGCUGCGGUGUCUACUACUGCGCUGCCGGUACCCUCAGCUCCAUUGGCAGCUGGUACACCGUCUGCAACUACAAGUCCCAGGGUAAGUUGAUCUUUUCCCCAUCUCUUCCACUUGUACGAUAUUAACAAUGGUACAGGCAACGUUAUCGGCAGCUUCGACAAGAACGUCCUGCCUCCCGGCAACGCCGCCACCGUCAACGUCGCCUAAGUGUCGUGACACGCAACUGCAUUUGCACCCUUCGUGUUGCCCGCUUGAAGCAUAACUGGGUUUUGUUUGCGACACGGCCACCGGGUACGAGUGCGGAUGAGCUCCGUCGCAUUAGCGAGGCAUUUCUUCUCUUCUACCGCUGUACUUUAACAGGAGAUCGCUUGACCUUUUUUUCGAUCUCCUUGUCCCUCUCCUGGGACCCUUUGAAUCAUGCGCUUUGGUCGCCCACGAAUGGCAUGGGCAACUAUUCUCUUCAUACGAAAACUUCCUCAAGGCACUCGCGUGAUGGGAAAAUCAAACGUCUUUUUUGCGCCGGCCGAGACCAUGAUUCAAGGACAACUGGACAUUGAUGAUGAUGCAUUUACGGAUCUGGCGUGGAACAAAGAAAAUCAUUUUGGGGAAAGGGAACCAACCCACCAUGGAACAUUGCAUUUUGCUCUUCUUUUUUCGAUUCUUGGCCUGGUUUUUUUGUCCCUUGCAGUCAUUUACCCGGUCUGUCACUUGACAGGCGUCUGGGUUAUGAAUCUGCCUGGGCGAAAUCACGGCACCCUGUUUAUGACUCUUUUGGUUCUUUGUACCUAUGGUUCUUCUUCGACUUGAAUUUCGGGUUUAGGGAGGCUAGGCAAUGGGAUCCAUGAUUUUUAUGGUUUCGCAAAUUGUUCUCGAGGACAAAUCGGUCGUGAAGUGAAGACUUGAGUGAUGUUUGUUCGUGCGUGGUGUCUCUUCCUCAUUCUUGAUACACAUGUAUCCUUAGUACUGAAUAGGAUCACUGCAUCAUACUGCCAG